AAUGUGUGUGUGAAUGUGAGGCUUUGUAAAGCGCUUUGGGCACUGUGAUGAUGUAGAUAAAGCCCUAUAUAAGUGGAGUCCAUUCCCAUUUAUUUUUCCUAAGAUAUCAAAUAAAGUAAUUUUUUAAUGUAUGUAUGUAUUUAAUGUAUUUCAAGAUUCAAAUUAACUUUGCUGGUUGCAUUCCUAAACCGAAGAGCACUGACGUCCAUAUUAUUGGGAAGCUUUUAUUUUGAAGGUGGCUUCGCCGCGAGUUGGCGACCUACUACCGUAAUGCCUAGUAUGAACAAAACUCGGGGCGGCUGACUUGACUGCUACUUUUGGAGUGGAGGCUGGCUUGACCGCAGUGGGGCUUUGGGGGGGUUGAAGGAAUCACCCCCAAAAUGGAGCUCGGCGACGGAGCAGCGGUGGGGAACGACGGCUCGCUCGACUUCUCCCACUCGAACUUGAACAUUUUCACCACGUGCUGCGUCAGCGACGAGAAGAAAAGAGACACCAAACACCUCUACCUGAACAACAACCGGCUGUGCUCGGUGCCCUCUUCGGUGACCCACUUCGCCAACCUCCAGUUGCUGGAAAUCAGCAACAACAACCUGUCGGCCAUCGGCGAGGACAUCACGCGGCUAGCUCAUCUCAGGACGCUCGUAGCCAAGAACAACCUCCUGAACGAGUUCUCACUGCCCAAGGGCUUCUGCUCCAUGCAGCUGGAGGUGUUGAACUUCAGCGGGAACUGCUUCGAAGAGAUCCCGCUGCAGUGCACCAAGCUCCGGCGUCUUCAGUCACUAUCACUCGGCGGAAACCGACUGAAAAGUAUCCCCGCCGAGAUUGAAAACCUAACCAGUCUGGAAAUGUUGUAUCUGGGUGGCAACUUCAUCUCGGCCAUUCCCGCUGAGGUUGCAAACUUGCCCUACCUGAGCUACUUGGUGCUGUGUGACAACCGCAUUCAAAGCGUCCCGCCGCAGCUCACCCGGCUCCGCUCGUUGCGCUCGCUGAGCCUCCACAACAACCUGCUGACGUACCUGCCCCGGGAGAUCGUGAGCCUGGUGCACCUGCAGGAGCUCAGCCUCCGCGGGAACCCGCUGGUGGUGCGCUUCGUCAGGGAGCUGAUGUACGACCCCCCCUCGCUGCUGGAGCUGGCUGGGCGCACCAUCAAGAGCAGAAAUGUCCCCUACUCGCCGCCAGACUUGCCCUCCCACCUGGUCAAGUACUUGAACCUGGCCAGCAAGUGCCCCAACCCCAAAUGUGCCGGCGUCUACUUCGACUCGUGCGUGCGCCACAUCAAGUUCGUGGACUUCUGCGGCAAGUACCGGCUGCCGCUCAUGCACUACCUGUGCUCGCCCGAGUGCACCACAUCGCCAUGCAACUCCAACCCGCAGAGCGACGCCGAGUCGGAGGACGAGAACAGCGUGCCCGCCGACCGCCUCCUGAGGGUGCUGCUGGGCUAGGACCGUACCGCCUCCAUUGUGCAGCCCCUUCAUGUGCGCGUUUACGCACAAUUUCUACUUCUAGUAUACACAUCUAGUGUAGAUUUAAAGGGAACAUAUAGUGCAUUGUUUUCACAAUUUAAAACAAUUCCGUUGUCUCUUAAUUAGGGCCUGACCGAUAUGGAAUUUUCUUUCAGGCCGAUUUCAAUAUUUGGCAGAGUGCCAUUCCAAUAACCGAUUCAUCGGGUGAUUCAUUUGAAAAAUAUGUAAUAAAUAAACUAAUUUCUAUUUUGGUCCCUUAACGGCUCCAACAAUAAAGAUAUGAAUUACAGGUAGAACAUUUGACUGAAUUUACUGAAUUUGGCUGCCCUUUAGUAAUUACUUAACGUCACAAUAAUUUUUAUCUUUUUUUUUGAAUGUCAUUGUGUUUAUCUUUUGUUGUGAUGUGUUUUUUUGGAAAAAAAAUAUAUAUAAAAAAAAAAAAUAGGCCGAUUUGAAUAGGGUUACUAUUGGCAUAAUAAAUCGGUUGGUCGAUUAAUCGGUCAGGCCCAAGUCUUAAUCGCAGGCCUUUGAGUUGCUUUUUUCAAAAUACCCCAAGGAUUCACCACAAAUUUGAAUAGACCAUUUCUCUCAUGCAAGUGAAUUUGAAAUCAGAAGUGAGAAGAAAUUAUGCUUGUAAAAUUGGCUGAAGUUGCGGGGGGGGGGGGGGGGGGGGUGGAAAUCAGGUCAGAUUGUCAGGCAAAAACAUUUUUUUUGCAAGAAACAUGAGGUCGACUAUUUGGUUUAGUAAAAAUAAAUGGGCCGGAUUUGUCCCCUGGGCCUUGAGUUUGAAACACUUUAUGUAGUUUUACCCUGGCACGUAAAAGAUUUACUUAGUCGUGUAGUUUCGCACUUGAUGGGCGGGCAGGCAGUCCACACAACAAUGAAUCACCACAAGCACUUAAAAAGUUUAUUUCCCAUAAUAUGUCCUCUUAAAAUUCUAUUGGGUGAUCUCAGCAGGUUGCAAAUUUUUCGGCAAACGCUCGUAAAUGAAAUGUGCCGCUUAUCUGACUUUCAUGACAUUAUAAACGAAAAUGUGUUCUGUUCGAGGAUGCUUACAUUACAUACUGAUGCAAUCAUUUUAAAUCAGAAUUUCUACUUUAUGAGAGCUAAAAUGUAUCGUAGCCUUAACAGGGAGCUUUUAAAAUCUCCUGCGUUACAAUGUUAGACGUGCGACUGUUACAGUGGCACCUAAACCACAAUACUAAUACCGUCUUUCUAAUGUCUUUUCAAUACCGUUGUCCAGCAAUGUAAUAUAUGCACCCUGAAAUGUGACAAGAUUACUAGGAAUAAUUUUUUAUUUUCGUAUUAUCACAGAAAAUGUAUGUCUAACCUUUUUUCAGAACUGCUUUUAUACCAAUCAUCAUUUGACAAAAAUAAAUGAACUCUACUUAUUUAAUUAACCUGGAGUGUAGCUUGUACUUAAACAGAAAAUGUAUGUACAGUACUUUAAUUUGAUUAUGAUAACAACAAUAAAAGACAUGUUUACUUGUUUAUUCAAGUUUAAAACUGGUGUUGAUGUUAUUCUGAUUUAGAAUCAAUAGUUGCUGCAGGAGUGUGUGUAUGUGUUUGUGGAACGCGGAUCAGAUUUUAUUGGGAUCAUAAACAACAAAUGUUUACAUUUCUGAAAUUUUAAUGAAAAAUUCCUUUAUAAAUGAAUUGUGAUUCAAAAAGAUAGUUUUGCUGCCUGUUUGUUUUGUCUUUUAUGGGACUUGCACAGUAGUGUCUUGUUUUAGCCUGAUGAAAAUCUGUCAUCUGCAGUUGAGGACCAGUCUCCCUCUUUAACAUAAUAUCAUUCUCUGGGUUCCACUUCAUGUACAAACGACCAAUAAAAACAUGUUUAAUAACGGCGUGUU